ACAUUUUUUUUUGAUUGGUAAGAACUGCCAGAUGACGCUUCGUGAAAUAUAAAUGCAAGAAAGGCUCAGGCAGCGCAAUAAAAACCUUCUACCUGUCCAGCGAGGAGGAUAAGAAAAAGAUACGGUUAACAAGAGCAGGAAAUGGCUUUGGGAAUCCCAGUGUCAGUCUAUCUUUUAUUCAAUGCAAUGACAGCACUGACUGAAGAGGCAGCCAUAUCUGUGACACCCCCAAUCACUGCCCAGCACAGUAACUGGACAGUUAACAAAACAGAAGCUGACUAUAUUGAAGGACACAUAGCCUUGAAGUUCUCACAUCCUUGCCUGGAAGAUCACAAUAAUUACUGCAUCAAUGGUGUUUGUGCAUUCCACCAUGAGCUGGAGAAAGCCAUCUGCAGAUGUUUUACUGGUUAUACUGGAGAAAGAUGUGAGCACUUGACCUUAACUUCAUAUGCUGUGGACUCUUAUGAAAAAUACAUUGCAAUUGGAAUUGGUGUUGGAUUGUUAUUAAGUGGUUUUCUUGCUAUUUUUUACUGCUAUAUAAGAAAGAGGUGUCUAAAGUUGAAAUCACCUUACAACAUCUGUUCUGGAGGACGCCCAUUGUGAGACCCUUGUAAGAAACCUUCAUGAAGCAUUUGUAACAGUGUGCCCCAAAUCGAAAUCUAAUGAGUGAACAACACGCCCCAAGCUAACUGGACUUGAAUAUAAUAGAAGCUGGGGUCAUGAUGAAAUGAAGGAAUGAAAUCCAACACUGGUCUUUAGACUUUGCUGUUAUUAGGGUGCUAUGGGAGACAAGAGAACAAGUCACAAUGACAGGAGUCAAACUCUCAGUCCUACUUUAGGUUGAUUGCUGGUGUGUGGUCAUUGUUCUCACUACAAAGAGUUUCAUGCUUCUGACCAGGGAUGAAUUUUUAUGGGAACAAUUAUCAAACUUUCAGCAAGCCAAAGAAAUGCCAAGCUUGGGUUCUUCAUGUGCUUGC